AUGUCAAAGUAUCAACAAAGUUCAUUAUUCAUAAAGAGAUUGGGAUUGGAGUAUCCAAUCAUUCAAUCCCCAAUGGCUGGAAUCAGUACUAUUAAAUUGGCUUCUGUUAUUAGCUCAAACGGAGGAUUGGGAUCGAUCCCUCUCGCAUCAGUUGAUGCCAGAAAACAAAGCGGAAUUGACUCGAUAGACAAGCAAUUGAAUGAAUUUAAGUCUUUAGCUAAGACUAAUGUUGUUAAUGUUAACUUUUUUUGCCAUAAUCAUGAGGAACAACAAACACCCACUGCUACCCAAACUGAAAAUUGGCACAAGCUUUUGGGUAAGGCAAGUCCAAGUAUUAACAAAGAUAUACCCAGUUUACAAAAAUCCAACAUUUCAUUAACAGAGGUGGAGAGUAAUCACCCCGAGCUAUUUGUACAAUUACUAGAGAAAUUGGUACAAUGCAAGCCGAAGGUAGUAAGUUUCCAUUUUGGAUUCCCAUCCCAAAAGGCCAUUAAAUUUUUGCAGGAAAAUGGCAUUAUGGUAUUUGUGACGGUCACCUCAGUCAAAGAAGCGAAGCAAUUGAUUGAUUUAAAGGUUGAUGGUCUAGUUAGUCAGGGGUAUGAAGCCGGUGGACAUAGAGGAAACUUUUUGCUUAGUGAAAUAUUAGAUGAGAAUUUGUCUACCUUUUCUUUAUUCACUCAAAUAAAGAUAAUAGUAGACAAUGCGUCUUGGAAGCCUUUUAUUAUCCCUGCUGGUGGAAUCAUGGAUGGAAAGACCAUUGAAAAUUAUUUAGCAAAUGGUGCCUCAGGUGUUCAGCUAGGGACAAUCUUCUUGAGCACACCAGAAUCUAAUUCGAAUGAUUUUAUCAAGAAUGUCGUUUCGGAGUCUAAUGACACUCCUACAAUAAUGACAAGAUUGGUUUCUGGUAAACCUGCUAGGUGUUUGCGCACGCCAUUUAUCCAAGCUCUAAUUGAGGACUGUGAUAAUUUAAAACUCGAUGAUCAGCCUCCAUAUGGUUAUGCUUAUUAUGGCUACAAAACCAUGGCUGGCUUGCUUAAGGACCCACGUUAUGGAUUUUAUUUGGCUGGCCAAAAUUACCACCAAAUUAGUCCAGACUUUAACACUGAACAAGUUUUCUUAAAACUAGUAGAUGAACUUAAGCAAGCUGGAUUUGACGCUCAAGCUGUAUAG